AUGAUUGCGAACACCAGAGUCCUCACCUUGAGAUUCAGCAUCGCCACUCUCACUCUUGGAUGUGUUCGCAAUGGCAUCCGCAGUGGUAAAAAGGCUCCGGCUUUCAAGCUUGGACAAAAACAAGUCUUUCUCCCUAAUCAUGUCAUAACUCUCGUACGCCGCGACUUCCAGCCCGCCGACUGGGCCACAUUCCAAGUCACAGCAGUGCGCUCUUGGGUACGCCGCCCCGUAGCCCCUAUCAAGAACGCGGCAGGUCGUUUUGUUCGCCCAACUGCCGAAAAAUACAUGACAGUGGAGAUGACGCAACCCUUUGUGUGGCCCAAGGAGCCAGAAGACCUAUCGGCGUGGGAUUCCGCGCUGUACAGGAUGCGUGAGAAGAUGCUGGAAGACCAGGAGAAGAUUCGGGACGACCGGUACAAGGGAAAGAUCGCCCUCGCGAGCGACGGACGGCUAUCGCAGGAGGAGAAGACCUACCGGGCCAUGGCCAAGGAGCUGCUCGAGGGCAAGAAGAAGUGGGAGAACGGCGUCGCUCUAGACGAGAAGUGGGAGAGCAUCGUGGCGAGGGCCAACGCUGCGAAGGCGAGAGAGGCCCUGGAGGAAGUGGAAGUGGAACCCAGCGCCAAGCCUCUGGCUAAGGAAUAA